AAAUUCAGAUCUAUAAUGGGUAACACUCAAGCAAAUGAAGCCAAGCCAACAAAGAUGGGAAAAAGUAAAGUUAAAGGCAUGAUGAAAAUUCGUGGAAAGAAAAAGCAAGGCGAACUGAAUUUCACAGAGCUUGUUCCGAAGGAAACUGCUGAAGAAUUUGUAGAAGAAAAUAUAUCGAAGGUAAAUCCCAAAGAAAUAUUUGGCAUACAUUUCGAAACAGAAAAAGAUACCGGGAAACCAGAAAAACCGGAAGAAGAUGAUACAUUUAAUAGCUUACAAGUAGAACAACCGAAAGCAACAGACUCCUGGUAUUCAGCAGAUGGAGUGAAUGGAGAGAACAUUUCAAAAAUAGCAACUCCGUCAAGUGUCAUAUCUUCAGAAUCCAACUUCAUGGAUGCUCCACAGUCCCCUGAAGAUUACAACGAAACUAUCACGGCCCAAUCGAAUUUUCACGCCAAUGAGCCAUCUGAUAAUUUUUUGCACAAUCUAACCCUGAACAGUUUCAAGUUAAAUGAAUAUCGAAUGAAGCAUGAAGAGGAGAAAAGCAAGAAAUUAAACAAACUCGGCGUGUCCAAGACGAGUCAGAUCAGUUUAGAAUGCGAUCCUCGAGAGUGUUUCGAAACAGGUGAAGUGCACGUGAUAAGGAAAAUGGAAAAUGAAUGGUGCAACUACGAGCAAAUUGGGGAGGUCAGGGAGGAGAACAAUGUUGUGCAUGUAAACAAGAGGAUGUCGGAAUCUAACCUCAACAUCACUGGGGCACCAGACUACAAGAGGCAUAUGUCAGUCCCUGAAGAUGUAUCAGACAUAUGCAAAUGCCCAGACAGUGGAGUUCUGAAAAAGGUUACUUCUCUUACCUUGAGUAGAGCAGACCUAGAAUCGAAGAUAUUGAAACCCAGAUUCGUACCAGAAAAAUUGGAUUUUCAGCUUUAUGAAAAAUUCGAAGGUUACAUGCUCAUAAAUUGGUAUGUUUCGGAACUCAAUGAAAAUCAUCCCUUAGGAAAUUCCCUCUCAGAACAGGAACUCAAAUUGCUCGCUGCUCAAUUCUGCACACACCUUUUAGCAGCUGGUGUCCUGAAGCAGCUCAGGGAUAAAGACGUUCCAGUUUACAACGUUUUCAAGCCUGACUGCAUCUAUUAUUGGACAUACGCUGAGAUUCCACAAUCAGUGCCUCAAACACCUGGCAGGAUAAGUAUGGUGUCGUGGCCACCAAAUUCUCCGGCGUCCUGCGAUGCAAUCACGAAAUCACUAGCCAGUGAUAUAAUAGUUUCGUCUCCAACUGAUAAACCCGAUGACCAUAGCAGUCCAGAAAAUGAUAUUUCCCCUCCUUUAACUAGUCGACGUGAAUUCAGCAGUUCAGCAAGAGACGUUGAAGUAUUGAGCUUAGAAGAAGAAAUAAGAAGAUUGAGACAAGAAGUGGAAAAAUAUAAGACUCUUGUGCAAAUUCAAACGCUCACAGAUAACGCGGUUAAGGAUUUCGCUUCGCCAAUAGAUGAAACAAAGACAUUUCAACCAAUCUGUGAUAAAAGUGGCAGUGAUAGUACAUUGAAAAGUUUAAAAGAAAAUAUAGUUUUGAGAGAACAUGGAUUUAAAAAUGAAAAGAAGAAUAAAGAGUCACAAACGCUUGUGAAUCGAUUAACAAACGAUGUUGAAUGUCAAACGGAAGACAUGGUUAGUCCGGAGAAAAAUUCGGAUUUUAGUGAAAAACAAAAAAUUACAUCUUCAUCAGAGGCAGCCGUUGUAGCACCAAUAGACAAUAAAAUAACCUCAUCCACAUUGCUAACUUCUUCUGUCACUGUCAAUUCAAGUCAAGUCGUUGAAAAAGCACAACAAACAUCUACUAUGUGCCCAACAUUUCGACCACUUGAAGAGCAUUCGGAGCAGAAAGUACCAACACCACCUCAACCUCCCCCAAUGCCAAUGCAAGAUCUAUCGACUUCAGAGUCUCAACCACCAUUGACAGCCCUAAUUAUACAGUCUUCACCUUUUGAAGGAUUACCUCAGCCGUCUCCGCCUGUGCAAGCAAAUUCUUUUCCUCUAUCUUCUCCAACACCUCUGAUACCAGGAAAUGCCUGUCCUCCUCCACCCCCUCCACCAAUGCCAGGAAAUAUGUGUCCUGCGCCACCCCCACCACCAAUGCUGCCAGGAAAUUCGUGUCCUCCUCCACCCCCUCCACCAAUGCCUGGAAAUAUUUGUCCUAUUCCGCCCCCUCCAGUAAUGCCAGAUAGCGUUCCUAGUUGUCCUCCACCACCCCCUUUACCUUUUCCAAUAAAUACUUGUCCCCCUCCUCCACCUUUUCCUGUACCAGGAAAUACAUUUCCUCCGCCUCCCCCCAUGCCAGGAAAUUCUUGUCCUCCACCACCUCCUCCACCUCAAAUGAUGUCUGGAAGUGGGCCCUCAUCAAUUGCCGCUAAAACUGACAAUCAAAAAGGACCGCCACCCUUGCCUACCCCGCCCCCAGGUGGAUGGAAUGCUCAAAAGGCUGUGACGCCAGCUGUCCCAAUCACUAUAGCUCUCAGAAAGAAUCCGCUCAAUCCAAAAUCACCGAUGAAGCCACUCUAUUGGACGCGUAUCAUUACGCCACCAACAGUUGUUCAGGAGGGAUCAAACGCACUUUGGAACGAAAUCGAUGAGCUGUCUACAGACAAGCUGGAUGAAUUCAGCGAACUCUUUUCUCGUCAAGUAGUUACAAGAAAACCAUCUGCAGUGAAGAAAGUUGAGAGGAAGGAGAAAAUAGAGGCUGUCAAAUUAUUGGAUAGUAAAAGAUCACAGAAUGUUGGAAUUUUAGCGCAGAGUUUACAUAUAGAUUUUCAGGAGAUUGAGAAUGCUGUUUAUAAUUUCGAUACAUCGAUUGUCAGUUUGGAGGCUCUACAACAGAUAUAUGAAGCACGUGGGACGCAAGAUGAAAUGCAGUUGAUCAAAAAUCAUCUAGCUACAAAACCCGAAAUCCCAUUAGAUAAACCUGAAAUGUUCCUACACGAACUGUCAGAGAUUUCAAACUUCGCCGAAAGGAUAUCCUGCCUUAUGUUCAUGGUGGAAUUCGAAGAUUCUGUCAACACAAUAAGUCAUACAUUAGCGAAUAUAAAAACUACUUGUGAGUUCCUAGUAUCGAGCAAAGAACUGAAAAAAAUAAUGGCCAUUAUUUUGACAUUAGGAAACUACAUGAAUGGUGGAAACGUAACAAGAGGACAAGCCGAUGGAUUUGGCCUGGAAAUUCUGGGGAAAUUGAAGGAUGUCAAAUCUAACGAUUCGAAGAUAACUCUUCUUCAUUACAUUGUACGAAUGUAUUUGAAAUCUGUAGACAAUCCUUUCGAUCUAAACCUCAUUCUACCCAUACCGCAACCUGAAGACAUACGAAGAGCUGCCUCCGUUAAUUUCGAUGACAUCAAGAUUGAUUUACAGAAGCUUCAAAAACAGCUGGAAGGUUGCGAGAAUAAAUCGAAAAAAGUUAUCGAAAAUUCACAACCCGAGAAUCUGCAGCCCUUCAAGGAUAAGAUGACCACUUUUAUUGAGCAUUCGAAAAAACAACUCAUUCUGGAACAUGAGAACUUGGAAGAAUGCAGAUCUGAAUUUAUUCAAACUAUGAAAUUCUACCUUUUCCAACCUAAAACAGGAACACUAGAAAAUUUUCCACCAAAUUCCUUUUUCGAACUAUGGCUCAGCUUCUGUAUAGAUUUCAAAGAUAUAUUCAAAAAAGAAUUGAUAAGGAUGGAAACAGAGAAAAUCAAAGAAAUUAAAAAAAAAGAAACUGAAAUGAAGUCAUCUAUAGUGAAAACUAAAGAAAGACAAAACGGACUGAAAGCUAAAGUUAAGAGGUAUCAAGAAAAGUUGAGUUAGUGAUAAUGUAAAUUAUAAUUAUAUUUAUAUUUAUGAAUGAAAUAUAUCAUUUCGAUUUUUAAUUGUAUCUGUUAAAUUUUUUAAAGUUCUCAUAUUGUUAUAUUAAAUUAUUGAUUUUUGUAGAA